AUGACUCCGCAUAAAGAUGAGGUGAAGACGGAGUCGUUACCACUGGAUGUGACUGUGCAUCCUCUUGUCCUGCUCAGUGUCGUCGAUCACUUUAAUCGUGUCAGCAAAACGCAAAGUGUCAAACGAGUUGUGGGCGUUCUACUAGGUUCCAUGAAAAAGGACAGAAGUCUGGAUAUUGGAAACAGUUUUGCAGGUACCGAUACUGCUUUUUCCGUUGUUCUUUACUUUCCUUUUUUGCUUCUUGGUUCCUCAUUAUCUGUGGCGUCCUGUUAG